CGUCCCUGGUUCUACGGCUGCGAUCGUAGGGAUUCCGGAAAAGAGCGCUAAAACAAAAGCAGCCCAUCGGAAGCUCGGAAUCCCGAAGAACGGAGAAAUUCAGCAAUUGAUAUUACCAACAUCAUUGGAGGUGAAGGAACAUGGCGGGGCCUGUGGAAGAGAACGACGGAACCAACAGCAAGGAAGAGCAAGAGGAGGCUUUGGUCGCUUUGAUCGAUCAUCGUUGCCGUGAAGUUCAAAAUCUCAAGCAGCGUAUCUCCUACUAUACUUCACAGCUUGAAGAAGCGGAGAAGAGAUUACAUGAUUCAGAAUCGAAAUUGGCCCGGCUUCGACGUCAGGGCAAUGCAGUGUCAUCCAAAGAUUCUUUUAGAAGUAGAGCCGUAAGUGUGAAAGUGGAGCAAACGGUAAAUGAAGGUAGCAAGCCCCAGCCAUAUUCGAAACCAGAGCUUGUAAUUCCGGCUGUUGUUCCAAAGAUUUCCCAAAACAGUGCAUUGGCUGCGAAUGGAGCGAAGAUUUCAAAUAGCUCCAGCUCCAGGGCUCAAUCAAGUCCUUCUCAUGUUAAGAAUGUAAUUAAAGUUGAAGGGGACAAAAAUACUGGAAACUCUUCUCUUCGAGAUUCUUCGAACACUUCUGAUAGAGGCACAAAACGGAAGCUUGAACAGCAGUGCAAAGAGCAUAAAGAAUUGAUUCCAUUAAUACGUAGCAGCUCAUCACCUUCUCAAAUCCGAUGUGUUGGGAGCAAUCACAUCUGCAGUCAGCAUAAGAGAAAGUUGAGAAGUCUCAUCUCAUGCCCUGUUAACGAACAGCUAUUCGUGACCAGUGCCCUGGAUGGAGUAGUCAACUUGUGGCAGUUACAGGCCAGAGGGUCAAGUGCCUCUCUACUUAGUUCCGCCGACUGUGUAUCUCCGAAGCAAAGGAGAUGGCCAGAAGACAUGGUCUGGCAUCCAGAGGGGAACCGCGUAUUUCUUGUUUAUAGUGCUGAUGGUGGGGACUCUCAGGUCUCAGUCAUGAAUCUGAACAAAAGUGAAGGGAAAGCUCGUGUUACUUUCCUUGAGGAUAAGCCUCACUUUAAGGGCAUUAUCAACAGCAUAAUUUUCUUGCCUUGGGAUAGCACGUCUUUUGUCACUGGUGGAAGUGAUCAUGCCGUUGUACAAUGGAAAGAGAAAGAUGGGGAGAACACAUGGAAGCCAAAGGCAUUGCACAGAAACCUACACUCUUCAGCAGUCAUGGGGGUAGCAGGGAUGCAGCAGAAGCCAAUCGUACUUUCAGCUGGUGCAGACAAGAGAAUUCUUGGAUUUGACGUAAAUGUUGGUAGAACAGAGUUCAAGCAUCAGAUAGAAAGCAAAUGCAUGAGUAUUUUGCCUAAUCCAUGCGAUUUCAACCUAUUUAUGGUCCAAACAGGUACUCCUGGAAAGCAGCUCCGGUUAUAUGAUAUCAGACUUAGGCAGACAGAACUACAUGCCUUCGGGUGGGAGCAAAAGAGCAGUGAAUCACAGUCAGCAUUGAUAAAUCAGGCUUGGUCGCCUGAUGGUUUGGUUCUCACAUCUGGGUCUGCUGACCCUGUAAUCCAUCUGUUUGAUAUCAGGUACAAUUUGCACAAGCCUUCCCAAUCCAUUAGAGCUCAUCAGAAACGAGUCUUCAAGGCUGUAUGGCUUCAGUCUCUACCCCUCCUUAUUUCCAUAUCUUCUGAUCUGAACGUUGGAUUGCACAAAACAGCUUGAAGUUCUCAUUUUCCCUUCUGAUUAUGGAUAGUUUAUGGACACUUGUUUAGUCGUUUUCUUUUUUAAAGGGAAUAAUUUUUUUGCUUAAAGAUGAGAAAAUGAGUGUCAUCCAAUGAAGAAGGAUGUUAUUUUGCGUAGUUACAACUUACAAGCAAUAUUGCAAAGCUCAGUUUGUCGUCUUAAAAGUUUGCCAAAGAUGAGAAAAAGAGUACCGUCCAGUGAAGAAGAAUGUUACUUUGGGUAGUUAGAAGCGAAAUUGCAGAGCUCAGUUUUGUUGUUGUUUUAAGUGUUCCAUGUGUACAAUCUAGUUUUGAAGAUUGGCUACCUUCUAGUGAAAUGUUGUCAUCUAUGUAUUAUGUAUUAUCAAACAACGCAGGAAAGCAGAAUACAAAUAAUUUCAACUCA